AUGGCAACUAUUGAUUCCACCGACCUGGUACUAGAGACCAGCGCUCGUGAUUGCGGUCUAGACAGCAGCGACACAGACUUGAACGGAUUGCCUGACCAUCCCCAAUCACCUAUCGGGCUUAUUGAAAUUUCUAGCACUGAUGAUGAUGACUCACAGCCUGAGGAUGCGCUGGCAACCCCACCGGAGUCUGACGAUGCGCCAUCACCCAACCUUGCCGUCUCACAACCAGAAGAUCUAGAAUGGCCCACAGAAAGAGAAAGACCAGGCAAUCAGGAGGCAGAACCGGCAAAAAAGGAAGAGAAAGAACCGGGGCUGAAUAAUACUGAUGAGCAAGAGAAUAAGGAUCACGUUGUUGGAGACGGCGACAACAAUGAGAAUGAAAAUAGAGACGGGAAAGAGGAGGACAAAGAGGGGGCGGAUGAAAAUGAAGGCAUUCGCGAUGGCGACGGAGAUAAGGAGCAGGACAUCAAUGAGGAGGAGCAAGAAAAGGUGCAACCUGAUGGCGGUGAAGAAGAGAGCAAUGGAGGCGAAGAGGAGAGUAAGGGAAGUGAAGAGGAGAGCAAGGGAAGUGAAGAGGAGAGCAGAGAAAAUGGAGAAGACAGCAAGGAAAACAACUCCAACGAAGAGGUUCCAGAAGACACUGCGGCAAAGGAACUGGAAUCUUGGGCUCGAAUCCUUGUCGAGGAUGAAGAUCCCGAAUCCAUGAUGGAUGACUCGCCAUCUCGACUUGAAUGGCUGCGCUUAAAACGAGAAGACAAUGAGGAAAAUGUUCAUCUCGAUAAAAUCAUGUCGAUGGUCGGCCAUGAAAAGAUCAAGGCACAUUUUCUCGCCAUGAAGCUGCGCAUGGACAUGGCUAAGCGCUGGAAGGUGGACGUCGAGGAGCCAAAAGCGGACUUGAUCCUUUAUGGCAACGAUGGGACCGGAAAAAGAAGGAUUGCUCAGAUAUACGCCGAGUUUCUUUACAGCAUAGGUGCUAUUGCGCAUCGCACUUUUGAAAGAAACUCGGGAUACUCUUUAGAAGAUAAUGGAAGCAAUGCAACGGUCACAUUCUUCGACCAGGCAGACAAGAUAGAUCGAACAACCGAAGUCCCCGCCAUCCUCGACAUAGUGGAAAAGAGAAGUAAUCCAGCCGUACUGGUAUUUUCCUUCACAAACUUGUCAGAGGACUCCAGGAAUGCACUUUACAGCACCUCCAGGUGCCGUAGCCGUCUUCCUGACCCUAUUGUCCUCGAGAACUACAACGAGACCGAGAUAUUUCAGCUUCUCAAACGAAUGGCCAAGAAACGGCCCGAUUUCGAACAUGUCCAGGAGGAGGAAAGAGAUGCGAUCCUUCGCUUCUUGGCUCGAAGAGCCCGACAAGGUAGCGAGGGCUCCAUGUCGAAAAAGUUUUCCAACAUCUAUUCUCUGAAACAAGAACUUGACAAAAUGACUGUUCGAUGGAAACGACGCACGUUGCGAGAGUUGGCAGAGUGGUCCAAGACCUACGCAUCUACCCAAGGGGGUGAAGUGGACGAAAAGAAGAUUGAGGAGCAGAGGAUGAAGCUGGGCGGUGUCAAAUUGGAUGAUGCAAUCGGGCCCAACCCGCCGGAUGUGAGGAAUGAGAGCAAGGCUUGGAAGACGAUUCAAGGCAUGGUUGGCUUGAAGUCUGUGAAGAAGGAGAUUGAGCAUCUCUUUAACCUGGCCCAAUUCAAUCAUAAACGUGAGCGCCAGGGGAAGCCUGGACUCCCUAUUCCUCUCAACCGUUGUUUUCUGGGAGAGCCUGGAGUGGGAAAGACGACAGUGGCGAGACUCUUCGCCAGCAUUGUCAAAGAGCUGGGUCUAGUAUCCAAAGGACAGGUGAUUGUGAAGACGCCCAACGACCUUAUCGGCGAGUAUAUCGGCGAGUCCGAGAAGCACACCAGGGAUGCGCUAGAAAAGGCCCAGGGAAAUGUUCUCAUCAUCGAUGAUGCACACAUGCUGUACAAGAGCAGUGGACAUGGAACCAAUAAUUCAGAUCAAUAUCGCGUUGGCAUUAUUGAUACACUGGUGGCCAACAUCACCCCUGGGGAGGACAGAUGUGUCAUUCUCUGCGGAUAUCCUCAACAGAUGGAAGAGAUGAUUCUCAAUAGCAAUCCUGGACUGCAAAGACGCUUCCCCAUGGAGAAUGCGCUUCGGUUUCACAACUACAACGACGACGAGCUCUGCCAGAUUCUUGAUCUAAAACUGGCCCAGGAUCAAGUGGUAGCCUCCGAUCAUGCGCUCAAGGUAGCCCGUCAAGUGUUGAGCCGGAACCGAACGAGACCGCGUUUUGGUAACGGAGGUGACGUAGAAAACUUGGCCUGCCGUGCGAGGCUUCGACAAGUUGAACGGCUACGUGCAUUGAACGAAAAUUAUAUGUUCGAAAUGCAGGAAGAUCCACUGGGACCAGAAGACUUCGAUCCUGAUUUUGACAGGUCCUCGCGUGCGGAUCAGAAUCGUGAUGAUGUAUUCCGAGGCAUGGUAGGGUUCGAAGAGAUUGUGAAGCAAUUCCGAGGGUACCAGAAGAUGGCCGAUGGAAUGCAGCUUUUUGCCGUCGAUCCGAGACCACACAUCCCAUGGGCUUUUGUUUUCAAAGGGCCCCCAGGAACUGGCAAAACGACGACAGCCAGGAAGGUAGGCAAGCUCUUCUAUGACAUGGGAUUCCUCUCGUCUGAUGAAGUCAUUGUCUGCUCCGUUUCCGACCUCAUUGGGGAGUAUCUAGGUCAGACCGGGCCAAAAGUGCUGGCUCAAUUUGAGCAGGGGCUCGGCAAGGUCCUAUUCAUCGACGAAGCCUACCGUCUCCAAGGAUGCAGCUCGUUUAACAAUGAGGCAAUCGGAGAGCUUGUCGACAUAAUGACAAAGCCACGCUAUGUAGGAAAUAUGGUUGUCAUCCUGGCUGGAUACGGAGAUGACAUGGAGAAGCUUCUGGCAUCUAACCAGGGGCUUCGGAGCCGAUUCCCUACGCAAGUUGUUUUCCCACAUAUGACGCCUGGCCACUGCUUGCAACACCUCAUACACACCCUUUCUAAACUGAAGAUCACGUUUUCUGAAGAAAAUCUUGAAGACAGUACAAGCGCCAAGGGAGAUGUCGUCGCUGAAGCGUUCAGGCAACUGAUUCGCACCAACGGAUGGGCAAACGGCCGGGAUGUGGAAACUAUUGCCAAGAAUAUUAUUGGAUUUGUCUUUAUGAAGGCAGCUGAGGAGAAGACAUCCGGGAAACCAAGCAUUAGUGUUUCGUUUCCAGAUCUGGUACAAUUCUUGCUACAGAUGUUGCGAGAGCGCAAUAACAUCAAGGGGGUAGGCAGUUUUGACCCACCAGCACUGAAGGAUUUGGCUCGGAGGGCUGGUUUGAUCCAUCAUUGA